AUGGCCUCGGACGGGAAGAAACCGGCGGAUGCGCCGAGCGGCAGCAGCAGCAGCGGCGCCGGCGGCGAGCCGCAGACCACCAAGGACGUGCAGCGGAUACUCGACACACUCUCCCCGCAGCAGCUCUCGGAGCUCAUUGCGCUGAACCCUGCGCUGGCGCAAGAGGUGGCGCAGGCCACGGGCACCUCCAACCCGUCCCCGGAUCAGGCGGCCGAGAUGCUCAAGAAGAUGAAGCUCGAGGACCUCAUGUCGGGCUUCGCGGCGAGCGGCAAGAACGUCAAGGACAUGGCCUCGUACAAGUUCUGGGGCACCCAGCCCGUGCCGCGCUUCGACGAGGACCAGGCCGUGCCUGACGGCCCGCUCAAGAUGCAGAAAGUCGAAGACAUCUCCAAGGAGCCGGCCGCCCUCGUAAGCGGCUUCGAAUGGGUCACGAUGGACCUGAGCAGCGAAGAGGAGAUCAAGGAGGUCUACGAGUUGCUCAACGGCCACUAUGUCGAGGACGACGACUCGACAUUUCGCUUCAACUACUCGCCUUCUAUCCUCCGAUGGGCCAUGAUGGCGCCCGGCUGGGACAAGAGAUACCACGUGGGCGUGCGCGCCACGCAGUCGCGCAAGCUCGUCGCCUUCAUCUCGGCGAUUCCCGUGCACCUGCGCGUGCGCGACGCCGUCAUCACCUGCUCCGAGGUCAACUUCCUCUGCGUGCACAAGAAGCUGCGCGGCAAGCGCCUGGCGCCCGUGCUGAUCAAGGAGGUGACGCGCAUCAGCAACCUCGAGGGCGUGUGGCAGGGCCUGUACACGGCGGGCAUUGUGCUUCCGCGGCCCGUCAGCACCUGCCAGUACUACCACCGCCCGCUCAACUGGCAGAAGCUGUACGAGGUCGGCUUCAGCUACCUGCCGCACGGCAGCAAGCCGCAGUACCAGGUGCGCAAGUACGCCGUCCCCGAGGCCACGAGCACCAAGGGCUGGCGCGUGAUGCAGGCCAAGGACGUGGCCGCCGUCGUCGACCUUCAGAAGCGCUACUCGAAGCGCUACGACAUUGCGCCCGAGCUGUCCGAGGACGAGGUCGCCCACUGGCUCGUGCCCAAGAUUGAGCCCAGCGGCGAGCAGGUCGUCUGGACGUACGUCGUCGAGGACGCCGACAAGAAGAUCACCGACUUCAUCUCCUUCUACUGCGUCGAGUCGUCGGUGAUUAAAAACUCGCGGCACAACGUGCUGCGCGUGGCGUAUCUCUUUUACUACGCGACCGAGGCCGGCCUCGGGGAGCCCGCGGACCAGGGGGCGCUCAAGACGCGCCUCAACGCGCUGGUCAGCGACGCCCUCACCAUGGCCAAGAAGAACAAGUUUGACGUCUUCAACGCGCUGACGCUCAUGGACAACGGCCUGUUCCUCGACCAGCAAAAGUUUGCCCGGGGCGACGGCCAGCUGCACUACUACCUCUUCAACUACCGCACCAAGGCCAUUGCCAGCGGCAUGGACGCCAAGGGCCAGCUGGACGAGAAGAACCUGAGCGGUGUCGGUCUGGUUCUUCCAUGA